AUGCCAGUCGACGCGCUCUCUCGCGCGUGCCGACAGCUGCUGGCCACGCUCUCGCUGCCCGUCGCGCCCGAGGGCGCCGACUCGCCGCGCGCGCGCGACCUCCUUGCCGCCGCUGUCGCGCCUUUCGCUGCGCCCGGCACCGGCCGCAUACCCUGCGCCUGCGUCGUCGCGGAGAGCAUUGAGCGCGUGCUGCGCGAGCUGUGGCCCGUCGGGGCAGGCAACAGCCGCCGCGCGCUGCUGACGCUGCUCUGCUCCCAGGCGCUCACCGCGGCCGAGGAGGCCGCGCGCGCCGCC